UUGUCUAUGGGAUUCCCAAUCCGCAGCAGAGUCACCGGAGCGUGUGGCCGCGGCUGCUGGGCUGGCUAGGCGCAAUCCAAGAAGGAUUUAAGCAGCCCAAAGCUCCGAGAAAAAGAGAGAGAGAAAGAGAGAGCCACUCACAGAGACGGCUUAACCGUUUCCCCGAAUUAAAACACAUAUAAAGAACUGUUGAGUUUUACCUUUUUCGUUAAGUGACCGUGCGCAGCGCUAUAACUGCACAAUGGGGAAACAGAAUAGCAAACUGGCCCCUGAAGUCAUGGAAGACCUUGUGAAGAGCACCGAGUUCAACGAGCAUGAGCUAAAGCAGUGGUACAAGGGAUUUCUCAAGGACUGUCCAAGUGGGAGGCUGAAUCUCGAGGAAUUCCAGCAGCUCUAUGUGAAGUUCUUUCCCUAUGGAGAUGCCUCCAAGUUUGCACAGCAUGCCUUUCGCACCUUCGACAAGAACGGGGAUGGCACCAUUGACUUCCGAGAGUUCAUCUGCGCCCUAUCCAUUACCUCCAGGGGCAGCUUCGAGCAGAAGCUGAACUGGGCUUUCAACAUGUAUGAUCUGGAUGGAGAUGGCAAGAUCACCCGGGUGGAGAUGCUGGAGAUCAUUGAGGCUAUCUACAAAAUGGUGGGCACUGUGAUCAUGAUGAAAAUGAAUGAAGAUGGCCUCACGCCAGAGCAGCGAGUAGACAAGAUUUUCAGCAAGAUGGAUAAGAACAAAGAUGACCAGAUCACACUGGAUGAAUUCAAAGAAGCUGCAAAGAGUGACCCUUCUAUUGUAUUACUUCUGCAGUGUGACAUUCAGAAAUGAGCUGAUGUUAAUGCUAUGGACUGCACAGAAGUCUCAAUAUUCCAUUCAGUCUGCAGCUACACACACACACACACAUACACACACACACUCUCUCUCUCUCUCUAUUGCUUGGACUAUCUAUAAACGGACUUGCUUCUUGUGUUUGAAACACUUGUGUGCAUGAGAAUGUCAUUUGCUAAUGAAUUUUAAAAGCAUAUAUUAUAAAACAAAACAACCUGCCAUGUGAUAUGUGUAAUGUCAUUUCAUUAAAAAAUAUCCUCCUCCUAAGCCUGGGCAGAAAUGUGCUGCUAAAUUACAUGAUUUCUUGUACAUGUUUUGCUAAUGCUUGUGUCUCCAUGAUUACAUAAUGUUAGUAGCACUGAGACCCCCACAGAAAUGUAACCUAAUUAUGAGCUGUGUCACCAUUCUCCUGUAAAAUCGUACUGGACAGACACACAGGAGGGGCCCUUGGCUCCAUAUGUGGUCCACACACAAGAGCUUGUAUUAUCAGUGAAUAUAAAAUGUACUACAUUUGCAUGCCUUUUGGGUUUGCCUUAAUCCUUACCUUAUUUGCAUCCUAUCAAUCUGGAAAGAGCUGUUUUGGAUGACGGCAGUAUAAAACUUAAAAAUUCUGCUAAAUAAUUAAGUAUUACCUAUAUACACAUAUACACAAUGAUACUAUUUAUUGAAAGUUUAAAAAAUAUGGAAGUGUACUGAUUUCUGUUUGAAUUUUCAAAGGCUUCCAAAAAGGCAGCACUAGAUGUCCCAAGUAAAUUUAAAACAUUUGAUUUAUUCCCCUAAUUCUGAUUUUAUAAUUUCCAACUUGAAAGAAAUGUUCCUAGUAGUAUGGGGUCAGCUAGAAAUGAUUUAAAAAUCUACCCUUAAAAAUGCAUCCUUGAAAUUUGAAGAAUGUAUGACAAUAAAAAGAGAAAAGAUCAUUUUCCAACUUCAUCCAGCCCUUCCCCACAGAGAGACAAGUAAUAUGGCAUGUAACAUUAAAAAAAAAAAGACUUGUUUAUUCUGAGAAAAAAAUGCUCAUUAUAUGACAAUAAACUUUAUGUCAGUGUGA